CGGCUGGCGGACACGCAGCUGACAGCACAACGGUUUUCUCAGCGCUCCUACUGGAAAAAAUACUUGACGUCGGUUUUUAAAUUUGCAAUUUCUUUUUACAAAGCAUUUACUUCUUAUUGUAUACCCAGCAUGGCGGACAGUAAGGUGGAAAGCAGCGGAGAGCCGAGCGCUAAGGAGCUGAAGGAGAAGAAACAGGCUGAAGAGACAGAGAAUGGAGAGGAUUCUGCUGCCAAUGGAAAAAAUGACGAGGAGAAUGGUGAGCAGGAGAAUGAGGUAGAGGAGGAUGACGAAGACUUGGGUGAAGAGGAGGAGGAGGAUGGAGAAGGUGAUGAAGAUGAUGAUGAAGAUGAUACCCUUGACGGGCCAGUGGGAAAGAGAGCAGCUGAGGAUGAUGAUGAUGAAGAGGUAAGGGAUGAAGUUGCAAGCAAGAAACAGAAGACAGAUAAGUAAUGUGUCCAGGGCCCACUGUGUCUGGAGGACAACACCAUUAAGAGACAGCCAAUUUUCCAGCAAACCUUCAACACCUCAGUCCUCCUUUCUUAACAAAAAUAAGUUUAAAAAGAGAACUUGUUUGUAUUUUUAUUUACAUUUUAUAUUUUUGUAAAUA